AUGACGGCAACUCUAGGCGACGAAGAAGGCGAUUCUCAAUCCUCCCCGACGGAAGGUCGCGCCGGUGAAGAAGUUAACAUCCGAAGCAAAGUUCGCUCACCCUGGACAAAGCCCCUUCCGACUGAGUCUCCCGGACCUUCAGAAGUGGUAGAUGGCGUUGUUUCGAUUACGAUACCUGACGAAAUCUUGUCGGACCCCGAUCCUCUCUGGCGGUGCUAUGCUGUAGGGUAUUUCAUCGGGGACGCUCCACAUGUGGGUACCAUUCAUGCUACCGUAAACCGGAUCUGGCCUUCUCCGAAGCAGGGGAGUAAAAUCGAUGUGCAGUUCCUCGAGAAGAACACGGUUUUGUUUCGCAUUGAGAAUCCCCAGAUGAGAGCUCGUGUGACUCAGAGGCGCUAUUGGCACAUCGCGGACGUUCCCUUGGUGAUGAAUGAGUGGUCUCCUGAAACGGCUCUAAAGCCUCCGGACCUCUCUACUUUGCCAAUGUGGAUUGAUCUCAAGGGUGUGCCUAUUCUGAGGUUCUCCUACAAGGGCUUGAAGUGUUUGAGUCGAGCUGCGGGCAAGUUCAUCAAACUGCAUCCAAACACAGAGAAGUGUACAAGGCUUGACGUAGCUCGGGUGCUUGUGGAGGUAAAUCUCCAUAACCCAUUGGUGGAGAAGAUAAGUUUCCUGGAUGGAGUCGGUAAGAAGGUGCUGAUUGACGUGAGCUACCCCUGGAUGCCUCCAAAGUGUAAUGUUUGCAACUCUUGGGGUCAUAAAGGGAAGAGCUGCACUUCUAAGAGAGUCCAAAUCCUUCAGAAGGAUAAGGAGAUUGAGGAGGUGGCUAAGAGUGUAGGAAUGGAGGUAAAUGUUCAUGACAACGUGAUAUGUGAGCUCAAUCCCAAACGUAACAUUGUUAGUGAGAUGCUUAUAGAGCUGGAAGGACUACCUCCAGCGCUUGGUUGUGAUGUUGUUGGAGAUCCCUCAAGGAAGGAUUUUGAGACAGGUGAAACUUCAAAUACGGUUACGGGAAACUCUCAAGCUAAUCUUGAUUGGGCACUGGAUAGCAGAGAUGAGGAAGUUUCGAAUGGAGAGUCGUUAGGAGAUAAAGAAAUUGUUAUAUCUCCAUCGCGGUUCAGUGUGUUGGCAAAUGAGGAUAUAGAUGAGGCGGAGGAAAUUGAAGAGGAUGAAGUAGAGGAAGGGGAGGUGAUAGUGGAGAAGCAUAAAUUGGAUGUAAGGCAAAAAGAAGCAUCCAAAAAUGCUCGACUGCGUCUUGGCUCCAGCUUCAAACUUAGUAAGCAAGUCCCUGCUCGAGCUAAAGACCUCAAAGUGCAAAGGAUAAACACCAACACCAAGAAAACUUCCUCUCGGAAGUUAUGA